CUCCCAUCUUGGCCUCCCAAAGUGCUGGGAUUACAGGUGUGAGCUACCUUGCCCGGCUGUAAAAUGUGGUGAGCAGGGCAAUGUGAGGCAGAAAUCCUGUCCUUUCUAGACUUUGACAUGAGAAGUGGCAAAAUGUCACGACUUGUCCCAUGCAAUGCCACAUCUGGAAAGUCCAGCUGAGGAAAAGAGGAGAAGGCCGUCUGGGGCUGUGAGCCUGGAGCCAGCGGCUGCAGGGACACAGUCUGCUCCCGAGGGGCUGGAGGGCCCUGCUAGGCCAAGGAGGGCCUUAGAGAUGGGGCAUUUGGAGCUAAACAAACAGCUGUGAUGAGGAAGCAGGAAGGUGCCCAGCGACAGUGAGGACCCUACCCCCCGCCUGGGCUUAAGGCAUCCCUGCGAGCUGCAGAGCAGAGAUGAGCCCGGCUGAGCUGCGUCUGUCAUUAUCCGCUUCUCAUCCAAGUCCUGAGGCCCACCUGACCCAUUAGGGUCCCCAAAGACACAAGACGCCUAAAGCAGGUCACCUGCGUGGACCUGCAGCUCAGGACCUGCAGCGAUGCCGCCUACAACCAUACCACCUUCCCCACCCUGCUACAGCACCGGUCGUGGGAGGUGGUGGAGGCCAGCUCCGAGUACAUCCUGCUGAGUGUUCUACACCAGCUCCUGGAGGGCCAGUGCAACCCAGACCUGCGGCUGCUGGGCUGUGCUGUGCUGGCCCCCCGGUGUGAGGGCGGCCGGGUGCGCAGACCCUGCCGGCACAUCUGCGAGGGCCUGCGGGAGGCCUGCCAGCCCGCCUUCGACGCCAUCGACAUGGCCUGGCCCUACUUUCUCGACUGCCACCUCUACUUCACGAGUGAGGAUGAGGGCUGCUACGACCCACUGGAGAAGCUUCGGGGAGGCCUGGAGGCUGACGAGGCGCUGCCCUCGGGGCUGCCGCCCACCUUCAUCCGCUUCAGCCACCACUCCUACGCCCAGAUGGUACGUGUGCUGAGGCGGACAGCCUUCCGCUGCGCCCACGUGGCCAGGACCUACAGCAUCGGGCGCAGCUUCGACGGCAGGGAGCUGCUGGUCAUCGAGUUCUCCAGCCGCCCUGGCCAGCACGAGCUGAUGGAGCCCGAGGUGAAGCUCAUUGGCAACAUUCACGGCAACGAGGUGGCAGGCCGGGAGAUGCUCAUCUACCUAGCCCAGUACCUGUGCUCUGAGUACCUGCUGGGCAACCCCCGCAUCCAGCGCCUGCUCAACACCACCCGCAUCCACCUGCUGCCCUCCAUGAACCCCGACGGCUACGAGGUGGCAGCCGCCGAGGGUGCCGGCUACAAUGGGUGGACGAGCGGGAGGCAGAACGCGCAGAACCUGGAUCUGAACCGAAAUUUCCCGGACCUGACCUCGGAGUACUACCGGCUGGCGGAGACCCGCGGCGCGCGCAGCGACCACAUCCCCAUCCCCCAGCACUACUGGUGGGGUAAGGUGGCCCCGGAGACGAAGGCAAUCAUGAAGUGGAUGCAGACCAUACCCUUCGUGCUCUCCGCCAGCCUUCAUGGGGGCGACCUGGUGGUGUCCUACCCCUUCGACUUCUCCAAGCACCCCCAGGAGGAUAAGAUGUUUUCUCCCACGCCCGAUGAGAAGAUGUUCAAGCUGCUGUCCAGAGCCUAUGCUGACGUCCACCCCAUGAUGAUGGACAGGUCGGAGAACAGGUGUGGAGGCAACUUCCUGAAGAGGGGGAGCAUCAUCAAUGGGGCGGACUGGUACAGCUUCACAGGAGGCAUGUCCGACUUCAACUAUCUGCACACCAACUGCUUUGAGAUCACAGUGGAGCUGGGCUGUGUGAAGUUCCCCCCCGAGGAGGCCCUGUACACGCUCUGGCAGCACAACAAGGAGUCACUCCUGAAUUUCGUGGAGACGGUGCACCGGGGCAUCAAAGGUGUGGUGAUGGACAAAUUCGGCAAGCCCGUCAAAAACGCCCGGAUCUUAGUCAAAGGCAUUCGCCACGACAUCACCACAGCCCCUGAUGGCGACUACUGGAGAUUGCUGCCCCCAGGUACCCACAUUGUCAUUGCCCAAGCCCCUGGCUACACCAAGGUCAUCAAGAAAGUCAUCCUCCCCGCCCGGAUGAAGAGGGCUGGCCGUGUCGACUUCAUUCUGCAGCCUCUGGGGGUGGGACCCAGGAACUUUCUUCACGGGCUGCGGAGGACUGGGCCCCACGACCCGCUGGGAGGUGCCAGCUCUUUGGGGGAGGCCACGGAGCCCGACCCACUCCGGGCACGCAGGCAGCCCUCGGCCGACGGGAGCAAGCCCUGGUGGUGGUCCUACUUCACGUCGCUGAGCACGCACAGGCCACGCUGGCUGCUCAAGUACUAGCCGCAGCCCCAGCACCCGCCCGGAUGUGGAGACCCAGGCCCAUCUCCGCGUCCCGGGCCCCUGGCUCUUGAUUUUGUCUGCCACGGACAUCCCACAAAGCCGCUGCCGUUUUAUUAAAGUGUUUAUAUCCACUUUCCACUGGAA